AAGAUGAUGGCUCUCUUUGUUAUACUGUGAUUGUCUUGUUCCCUUCCUGGUGUGAAUUUUCAGUCAGCCAGGGUAGAUGAGUGACUCAGAAAAUGAGUAGUUAGGUCCUGUCAGCACCGUGAGACGCACAGUGCUGCAGUGGGAGUAGCCCGGGCUGGUCCUGCACAUGCCAGCUGGGCUGCCUGCGUCAAGUUCGCCUGGUGCCCUGCGUGCUCUGUUGUGUGAGGCUAACAGUCCCUCCCCCUGCAGGCGGAGUUAGGUUUCUAAAUUUUAGGAAUUAAGGUUUUAGAUUUGGAAGGAACUUGAGAGACCAUAUGCUCCACAUGUCUCAUGAUGGACAUUAAGAACGGACACAUCCCAAAGGAAGCGAUUCUCUGGUCCUAGGUGUCUGCCCCCUUUCACAUCAAGGCAUUCAACUAAGUGGUCAGCCUCCACUGUGCUUGUGUCUCUGGCCCGUAGCACUCGUGCUUCUGCCCCCGUUCGUCCACACUUAGCAGACAGUCUGUAUGCGGCCCUUCUGCAGCCCGUGUGUCUCCAGCGGCUCUGCUUCGCUGCGGCCCUUGGCAGCGCCUGCAGCCCCUCCAGCCAUGUCCACGUUCGGCCCCUGGGGAGCUGGCCCUCCAGUGUUCUUCCCGUCUUUGCUGUUGCUGCUGUGCUCCUCGGAUAGAAACACCUCGCGUAUAGCCCACAUUACGGCCAUGCUGCAGCAGUCCCUGGGAGGCCUGCUGCUAGAAGGGCUUCAGACUUCCAAUGUGGACAUCAUAUGGCACUGCCUCCGGACUUACGCUACAAUUGACAAGACACGGGAUGCAGAGGCGUUAGUCGGUCAAGUACUGGUGAAACCGUACAUGGAUGAGGUUUGUGCCCCAUGCACCUCAUUCCGCAAACACAGAGCAUCUAAUCUGGCUUCGUUUCUUGACUGGGUGCGAGAGAGCUCAGGGCUCUUCCUUGAAGAUGCUCCUAGUUCCUGCUCUUCUGGUUGUAAGAAAAGGUUGGUCCCGCUUGGUGCCCAUCAGCAUGCCAGGAAUCAGGCAUGCGCUCUGGUCUCUUCCAGUGAUGCCAUAGCUCAGGGAUCAUCUUAAUUUAGUAGGGGUGAGGGACUUGCCUAGGAAGAAGGUACGGAUCAGAACAUUUUCAGGUCAAUUUCCAUUUCCCUAAGUUAUACGUCAAUGAAGUUGCCGAAAAGCGUGACCCCACCAAGGCGCCCAUGCCCACUGGAGGAGGUGGAAGACAGCUCUGUGCUCAGGGAAAGUCCGUGAGGGGAGGCAUCUUCGCAGAAUUGAUGUGGCCUAAGUCUUGAAGACCAUGGGGGAGUUUGCCAGGCUAGGAAGGUGGGAGGGAGGGAAUAUUCAAAGAUAAAGGGCUUUUAAGGGCGAGUUAGCAGGGUAGUACCUUAAGUCCAGAACUUGGUUACCCAGUGUUCUUGACCUAUGAGGAUACAGUUAAAUACAGGGAGUCAGUGUAUCUUGCCUCUGAGCGGCCGGAGUAUGGGCUGCACCGUGUGAGGCCGCCAGCAAUCAGCGUCGGUUUCAUCUAGUUUAGGCUGACAGAAGUCAUGAAGCCAGUCUCAGUGUUUGAGGGCUUUCUUCCAGUCACCUGCCAGUGCGAGUGUUCUUUCUGUCCGGUAAGUAUAAAGCUACCCACCAUGACUUCAGGAUGAAAGGCUUCCAGUUUUAAAACGGGACAGUAUCCCAGUGAUAGAAGUGAAAUUGAAGGAUUAAUUUCAGUAAUCUUCUCAGCUUCAUUAGGACUACUAAAAGAAAAUGAUCUGUCAGUUCUUUGUAUGUAUCCUAUUAUAGUUCAUAGCUCUCUCUGUGGGGGUGAAAAAGAUCACAUUAUUCUUUGUCACUAAAUGAAAAUAUUUUAGGUAUUUAAUUUAUGCCCUUUUCAUUGAACUGAAUCUAAUAUGCUAAAUUAGGGAAGUACUUUAUGCUUCCGUGUCGUUAAAUGAA